AUGUCGUUUCCAUCCGGUCGAGAACUUCCUGCCCUCGGCUCUAUCGCAAGAACUGGCAGCAGCAACAGCUCCAUGUCUAUAUCAUCCAUGCUAGGUGGCCCGCCACCCGCUCUGCGUGAAUCGCAACCUCCGCAGUCGCAUUUUCCUCCUCAUUCAGCCGCCCCUGGAUCAGGCCCUGGCUUCGCGACAGCUGUCCACGCCUCACCACGAAUGCAUUCAGCCGCUUCUGAAUACCCACCUUUCCGUCGGCCACAUACCCCAGAUCACCAGCGACCCUAUGAACCAAGAAACUCCCCACCUGGCCACUACACCCCCGAAGUCCCGCGUUAUAGCACGCCUUCCACCUACUCAAGGCAUCCUUCAGGUUCUGCAGAUCACGCAAGAGAGCCUGGGAGGCUACCUCCUGGGCCUCCUCCACGACCGAGCAGCCAACCCAAGGCAUACCCAGGAAUGCCACGACCGAUGGAAAUGGGACGACCACCUGGCCCUGAAGAGGCAUACGGGCGACGCGACGAGAUGGGUCGACCUCCACCUGGCAUGGAAUACAACCCCGAACGAGUUGGUCUGCGACCCAACCCCUACGAAGACCGCUAUAGAGCAGAACGCGAACGAAUGGGUGAGGCUGAGCAGCGCGAGCGCGAAAGAAGGGAACGCGCAUAUUCUGGAAGCGACUCUGGAAGACACUCGAUACAUCCGGACUAUGGUCAUCGCGAACCUCCUCGAAAUCCUUUACCGUACGGCCGACCUCCCGAUCGCGAUCCUAGAGAAAGAGAUCCGCGUGAUCCCCAGGGCAGGGAUCCUAGAGAUAUCCGAGACCGAGAUCCGCGAGAUGGGCAAUGGGGUCGCAUGGGCGCUGAUCCCAGCUAUCGAGCCCCUAUGGAUCAUCAACGACCACAUCCCGACUAUCCACCUUCUGCUACACCUUAUCCUCCUCAUGGUGUUGCUUACCCAGGUCCUCCUCCACCCGAUCGAUAUCCUCCAUCUUCGCAUCCCAUGUCAGGCCCGCCAGGUCAAAGCAUGCCCCAUGGACCCGCACCCUAUGACUCUCCCGACCGAGCCCGAAUGAGUCUAAUGCAUGCACAACAACAACAACCGCACCGAAGACCGGAAGAAGGCGGCCCCCCACCGCCGACUAUAGCCUACAACGGAGCACCUGGUCCGGGACAACUCGAAUCUCCCCGACAUCGCAAUAGUGAUGAUGCGUCAGUUCCCAAUGGUCAGCGUAAUUUGUUGGCGAUUCAGGAAAUGAACCGCAAGGGAAGAAUAUCACCUCUCCCGCAAGCCGUACAAGGCGCGCAAUUACAACAACCUGGCCCAACUGGCGAGCCAGGAAUUAAGAGCGAAUUUGGCCGUAUGUUUGCAGGUAUUGGAAAUGGAGUCAUGGGCGUUUCAAGCCCCAUCACAUCCGCUGCCAUGCCUUUCACAACUGCCAGUUUGGCCAAGCGCGAGGAUCCUGAAAAUGUGACACCUGAUUCUGGUCCCGAGGCAGGAAGCAAGGGUACAAAAGGCAGGAGGAGAAAACUGAAAGAUGAUGAAGGCAAGGGUGAUGAUGAAAGUUCGGGACGAGUUACUCCUGCCAACAGGGCGAAACGUCCCAAAACUCACCAACAUCAACAUCACCACCAUCAUCACCACGCGCAUCAUCACCACCAUCAUACAGCUGACGCUGCCGCGUUGAGUGGUGUUGUGCCCUUUAAGAACUUCAAGGCAGGCGCCCCUACAAACGACAAGGGUCUUCCUGUUCCUCAUCACCAUCAUCCACCGCGGCCCAUGCAUCAACACCAGCAUCCGCCGGCGAAACAGCCUGUGCCAAACGCCCCACCGAUUAUACCGCCGAAAGCAAAGACAAUUGUCAAGUCAAAGGCAAUUUUGGAUUCGGUGUCGGACCGACCUAGACAUCAUCUCGGAGAUUUUAUCUAUGAGCCAGGCUUGAAAGCUGCUAGAUUGGUGCCAAACUAUCCCACACAUCGCGCCUUUGCUUCAAACCCCAAACCUUUACCUUGGGAAUUGAUCAAGAACAAGGAAAACUGCUUGUUGACAGUCAAGGUGGCCAGAGUCCAUUUGUCAUCUGCCUCGAGAGAAGAAAUCACCUCAAGAGGUUAUCUUUGGGGUACUGAUGUUUACACAGACGACUCUGAUGUCGUCGCCGCAUGCAUUCAUAGUGGAUGGAUAAAAGGAGAAUGGACUGAGGAAGUCGAUAAUUCGGUUUUGGAUAUUGAUCAAGGACCCGGCGACAAGCGACGUAAGAAGCCUGUGACCUCGACCGUGGACCUGAAUUCAGAAGGUCUCAUCACUGCACCCCCCACCAGUGGACCGAUGCCGAUACCCGCACGACGUGAUUUGCAUGUCAACAUCCUCAUUCUUCCCCGCCUGGUUAAAUAUGGCGCUUCAACUAGACACGGUAUCACGAGCCGAGAGUUUGGUGGCGAUUAUGGUCAUCGUCACGCAGUCCACGAUGGUAUCAGUUACAUGAUCAAGAGUGUACGAUGGGUGGAGAAUGGAGCACAGCCACAAGCCCGACUUCGAGGUCAAGCUCGACGUGACCGCAUUCGCAAGGCUAUGCGCGAGGUCAAAAAGAGUCUCAAUGUCAAUGGUUUGGAAAUCCAAGAGAAGGAAACGAACGGAAAGCUGCAAAGCGGAAUAUCAGCUACAUGGAGGAAAAAGGAUCCUGAACAAGUCGAGCCAAAGACCCAGGAUCAGGACGUUGUUGAAGGCGACAAGGAAAACAGCCAAGUCACCACACACGAAAUCGAAGCAAACGAGGAUGAAAAUAAGGAACAGUCAAAGGACGUGGAGAUGAACGAUGCCGUCGAAGCUCCCGUCGCAGAGGCGAAGGCGGAUUCAUGA